UGAUGGAGAAACUCAUUGUGGAAGCAACCAGUGAAACCAACACUGCUGAUGACUGGAGUAAAAUCAUUCAAAUAUGCGAGCAAGCUGACCAGUCUGAUGUCACUGCACGAGAAACCAUUCAAGUUCUUUCUAAGCGAAUCUUGCAUAGAAACGUUAAUGUCAUUCUCUUCUCAUUGACUGUUGCCAACUCGUUGGUUCAGAAUUGUGGUGAUUCAAUCAAGCGAGAGAUUUCAUCCAGACCAUUCUUGGAUGCCCUGGUCAGACAGAUUACUACUAAUAAACAGUCUGUUCAUGUUACUGUGCAGCAUCGCAUUUUAGAACUCAUUCAGCAAUGGGCUGAUGUAUUCCGUAACGAACCCUCAUUGGAUUAUAUGGUGCAUAUAUAUGAACAGCUUAAAUCUGAAGGCCAUCAAUUUCCUUCAUUGAAUUCAAAGCCUGUCAUAGCAAAACGUAAUCCUGACAAGGAUCGCGAAGAGGAAGAGUUGCAACUGGCGUUGGCUCUCUCUCUAUCGUCUAUUGAUGACAAGUCAAGAGCACAGAAUUCGCAGCCUAAAUCUGGACAAAAACCAAAACCAGUUCAGGUUCUAUUUCAAGUGAGAGCAUUGUAUGAUUUUCAUGGCACAGAAGAGGGAGAACUUCAUUUGACUCGAGGAGAUAUUGUUGACGUGUAUGACUGCACAACAUUCCAAGACUGGUGGAAGGGAUCACUGCGUGGCAUAGUAGGAAUCUUUCCUGCAAACUAUGUAGAAAAAGUUUCCAACCAAAGUGCACCUACAUCAAGUGAUGGUAACGCACAGAGUCCUGAUGCCUAUAUUUUAUCUCAAAAGGGAUUUAUUGGAGAGUUUCGCGAACGUGCUAUGCGUGCAGAUCCACAAUCCAACAACUAUGCUGAAACUGACAAACUGCAGAAUGAUUACCACAAAAUAUUGGAACUGCGACCACAUGUCAUUAGUGUUGCCAGCACAUAUCGACAAAAACAGGAUGACUUGACAGCAGUAAAUGAGCGAUUUGUUAAAGCAAUGGCGACAUUUCAUUCGAUCAUGGAGGCACAAUUUCGUGGACAAAACGGUCCUGCUUAUAAUAUGGGAGCGCCAUCGUAUCCUCAACAGUCAUUUAGUCAACAACCUCCAGUAGGAUAUACACCCUAUGCAACUCAAACAGGACAAGGGUAUACAGUUCCACAACCCAACCAACAACCUCGAUACUAAAAGUCGGAUGAAUUGAAUGUGAAUGCAAUGGACAAGAUUAAAAGGUCGUAUUCACGUAAAAGCACUUGAAUUUAUCCUGCAGUGAUGAUUAAAAAAUGGAGUAUUUGAAUUCUUGAUGAGAAUAUGAACUUUUGAAUAAAACCAAGUUUGAAGUA